GGUUUGUGUACCUCGGGCGUACCAUGUCCGCGGACGGAAAGGCCGACCGGGAGAUCACGAGCCGCAGCUGCCGAGCGUGGAAGUGCUACCGCCGGAAGAGUGCUUCGAUGUACGACAGGCGACGGGCCGACCGCCAGCUCAAGAUCCGGCUUCUCCAGGCUGAAGUGGUGGAGACUCUCCUGUAUGGGUGCGCCUCGUGGAGCCUAACAGCGGAGCACUACACGAAGCUCAAUGGGACCCACCGCCAGUUCCUCACACGGUGCAUCGGCUGGAGCAAGCGGAAACGCUCAGACCGCCCCCUGUCCUAUGCCCAGGCCCUCAUCCAGGCAGGCUGCGAGGAAACCAUCGAGGCCACCGUGCGCAAACGGAGACUGUGUUUCGCGGGCUUUGUUAUGCGCAUGGAGGACAACCGCCUCCCCAAGCGUAUGCUGUUAGGAGAGAUGGCGGGGGGCGGGGAAUACCGGGGCGGGCAGGAGAGCCACUGGGUGUCUCGUGUAGGAGAGGACCUCGUGGCCUUCAACAUGGGAGACGAAAAGGAAGGGGGGGAAUGGAAAGAGAGCGCCAAGGACUCGGAGGUGUGGAACAACAAGGUCGAGGACGGGGCGGCAUGACUCAUGAGGAAAUGGCACAGGCAG